AUGGAUGAGUUUGGUGUUCUCGAUAAUCGUUACGGGAAAAAGGGCCAAGGAAAAUCUGCUCCAAACCGCAUCCAAGCGUUCUCGGGUUCGAUUGUCGUUAACAUGGCUUCAGGGAAAAAGGGGAUUUCGGAUAUUGAGGAGACAGAAAUAUCAGUGGAGAGCAUAGACAAGAGCUUGCAGGAUGCUUUUCAGGAUUUGAAUGCUCUUAUGGUAUUGCCCUUCUUCUUCUCCUUCCCUUUCGCCUUUAAGCAUCAUCAUCUUGGACGUCUGAAACAUGUUCUGAUACAAAAGCUUAACCUUUUGGUAUUCUCUCUGUCUGUGGAGAGUAAGGCCAAGGAGUUGGGACGUUUACCGACUCUUAUGGAACUUUUCGAUCGGACCCACAAAAACAAGGCGGGCGCAUUUGUAGAUGAGAGGUCUGAGAAGAUCUACAAUGAUGUGGCAGCUCGUAUUGACGAGCGUGAGACCCAGCUGGCGCAGGAGUCCGCCGACGGAUCACCCGUCGUCUUAUCCACAAUAGAAGUGGAUAGAAUUUACGAGGAGGUCGCUCCUAGGAAAAAGGGACGUGUGUUGGGGAUUGGUUCCGUCAACGAUGUUCCGAGAGCGACUUCCUCUUAUGGCCAGAGACGGGAUGAUGAAGUCUCUCAGCUGCGCGACGUGUUGGAGACGACACAACAUCAGCUGUCGUCGACACAAAACGAGUUGGCCUCGACAAAAACGUCGUUCACAGCUCGUAUGAGUGGUCUCGAGAACUUCUUGGACGUCAUAGCGGCCACAAAUCCGGAAUGGGAGGCCAUGUUCAGGACCAUGAAACAACAAAACCCCAUUCCAGGCGAGACAUCCGUGCAAGUCAACGAGGCAGAUCUCUCGAGAAGGAGCGAGGAAUUCUACGACGCGGCAAUGCAGCAUUAG